GGCAAGCCGAACGGGGAGCACAAUAGCCCCACGACUGAAGGAGAGGGAAGAAGGGUCGAACUCCCUGGCGCUCUAAUCCCUUGUUUACCUAGCGUCCCCGUGUUUGGCCAAGCUAGUAACUAUUGUCCGCGCUCUCGUCUCCCAAACGGAGGAGUAAACGGUGGUGGAUUAUAGAGGUACACCGUUAACUCGUAACAUCUAUUGGUCUUUUGUGAGGCUAUCUUCACAACCGUCAGCACCACACAACGCCAGAUUAUCACCCUAAACGGACGUUGUUAUACGGAUACCCUGCAGUACUCGUCCGGACUGUUUUUGUUGGAGCAUUGUUGCUUGUGUAAGUGAAGAGUCCUCUUCCCUCAUCGUGUUAUGUUUUCAGCAGAGGGUGAUCUCACUCUGGGUUUGCUAUGGAGACCGUCGAGACGGGUCUCCCAUUUCCAAGGAUCGUGAAGUGGAUGUAUCCGACUGCGAUCUGAGCCGGGCAGCUUUCCGGAAGGGACCCAAUGGCGCAUCGCAAGGACAUCCUGUAUCUCCGUAUACCGUGCUGAUGCGACACCGGGAAAUUCACAUUCAAUUAACUCAUGCACCUGAUUCACUUCACAAUUAGCACUUCACUUCUGAGAAUACGCCGUGGCGUGUACCACUCAAGUACUUAGCGGACGUACAUGUGUAUGGUGCAGUAGGGUAUAAGUGAGACGUUUUCCGAGCUCAGUAAACGAAAAAAUGGAUAUGAACGAUACAGCUCCCGCGGGAGAAGGAGGGAGAACGGUGGCCGAGAAUGUCCUGAUGGGCAUCACGCUGUACGCUAUCACCGUAUGCUCCAUCGUAGGCAACAUCCUGGUCAUAGUGGCCGUUCUGACUGUCCGUAGACUACGGUCUUCCAUCACCAACUAUUUCAUCGUGUCUCUGGCGUGUGCCGACCUGAUGGUUUCGAUGCUGGUCAUGCCUUUCGCUGCCGUUUUCGAGAUCACGGACUCCUGGCCUUUUGGUUUGGCGUUCUGCGACGCUUUCCAGGCCUUCGAUAUCCUCUCAGCCACCGCGAGCAUCCUGAACCUGUGCGUGAUCUCCCUGGACCGCUUCAUGGCCAUCACAUCCCCGUUCACCUAUUACUCGCGGAUGAACAGCCGUACCGCGUUCGCUCUCAUCGCCACGGCGUGGAUAGUGUCUUUCCUGAUCAGCGUGCUCCCCGUCACAUUGGACCUUCACGAGGACGAAGACCUGAAAGCCAUCGGCUGGUACUCAGACCCGUACUUCUGCGUCCUGUCCAUGAACUCCACCUAUGCACUCAUCUCCUCCUUGAUCUCGUUCUACAUUCCGGCUGCCAUCAUCCUCUUCACCUACGCCAGGAUUUACGUGGUGGCGAGGCGGCAGGCCCGUCAGAUCGCCGCCUACGACACCACGGCCAACCGGGUCAAGAACGGGGGCCGGACCAACCAGAAAACCAUGGCCCGCGAGCGAAAGGCCGCCAAGACGCUCGCCAUCAUCGUCGGUGUCUUCAUCCUGUGCUGGCUGCCGUUCUUCGUGGUCAACAUCAUCGAUCCGUACUGCGGGCACUGCCUCCCACCUCUACCCGUCAAGAUCUUCGUGUGGCUCGGCUACAUCAACAGCUUCCUGAAUCCUCUAAUCUACGCUCAGAACAAGACUUUCAAGUCGGCUUUCAAGAGUGUCCUGUGCUGCUACCAGUGCCGGGGCAUUAACCCGCGCGACGUGGACACGAGCGACGAGGAACGUACGGCCGUGUCGCGAGCAGCACCAAGGGUGCAACCCUCACCAAAACCCGAGCCAAAGACGACCGGUAGCGCCCAGGGAAACACGUCGAAAGUCUACGUCGUCCCGAACGGGGCAUUAACAGCCCACGAAACUGCUAGUGUGUCCGGCAAAACGCUCAACGGACCUCACACCCCAACGGACAACAAAACAAGUGAAGACCCAAACUCGACCGAACUCCAAAACCUCGAAGAAAAGACUACAGACAUCAACGACAAUGACACCCAAACGUGACAGACUUCACUUCAACUAACACAAACGCAAGAAUGAACAGAUGUACAUAUUAGGAAAGUAUAUAUUUUGUGUAUUUUUGAAAAGUAUUCAUGUGUAAAUGUGUAAAAAUUGUGACUUUUGAAAUAACAUCUUAUUUUAUACUUUUUGUGUUUUAGCUGAAGCAAUAUGUCUAAUAUUAGUACUAUUUUUUUUUAUUCCUUUCCGAUCCACUUGUUAAUAUUUACUGUUU